UUUUUGAACAUUACAUAUAUCGUUUCUAAUAGGUUUGUUUCCAGGAGGCCGCAAAUCUACAGCAGACGCAGCCGCAGCCGCUGCCGCUGGAAGAAGUUCCGGUGGACAUACCCUCUGAGGCCGAAGAAGCAAAACCCAACGCUAAAAAUGACCCACUAUCAGGACUGAAGCCUCCCCAACCAAAUGUUGGACGAAGUUUCUCGAGCAAUCUCUGGAAAUAAUUACAAGUGUCGAAGUCUCUUCUGGUCUCCGAACCGGGCUUUCACCGCGUUGGAUUGUUACGGGAGGGAGGAGCGUACAACUGGUAAUAGGAGAGAGAGAAGGAGUUCUCUAGCAAUCAGAUCCAACGGUUCAGGAACAAUGGGAGUAUGAUGAUGCUCCCAAGCCGCCUGAGAGCAUCAUAGCCGGAGCCCAAAACCCUACAUCAGAUCCCUCAUCGUCGAUUGCAAAACCAUACAUUCGUCGUCGUCAGGAACAUUCGAUUGGAGAAAAACCCUUGGCUUCGUCGUCGAAGGAAGUGAUAUGAGGGGACCUGGUUCUCUCACUUCCUCAUAAACUCUGGUACUAUUCAUAAUAUCCCCUUUUCUCCUCCAGCUGCUGCUGCUGCUUGUUUCUCCGAGGUGUCCGAAAAAACCUAGCCGUAUCCCAAAAUGGGGGAUCCAUGAAACAUAGAAUGUGACUUGCUUCUUAGUGGCGGCAAUAAUAAAAGUGGGUACUUCUUCCUCUUUCCGCUCUUCUUGUUCGUCGCACUCUGGUCGUUUCUCUAUUUCUGUUCGUUGUUUUUAUGGGUAAUUUAGAUGCUUAAACAUAUAGGGCCCCUUCAUUUUAGCAUUUUUUGGGAAGCCUGAAGAGGUGUUUUCUGGCUUCUAGCUUGGGCCGGCCCUGCCAAAGAGUGCUUUGAAUCGGGAGUGGGAUGGCUUGAUUGAAGUUAGUAUGUGGUGCAUUGUUUGCUAAUGUGAAUCUGCUGGUGUGGUGGUGUCUACUUCCUGCCUAGCAUCUUGGAUUUUGGUUGAGGCUGUCUUAGUUACUUAGUAGGAGUAAGGAGGAACUGUUAGAAGGAAUAUGGACGCCCCAGCCUGGAGAAGGGAGGUUGCAAAACGAAGGAGGGGAGGCAUAUGGCCAUUCUUAACCAUCUUCUUCCUAAUUCUUGUGCUUCACUGUGUGGCCAUUCUACUAUUCACCAGAGGCUUUCUCCUCACCAGAACUGAGCUUCCCCAUUAUAGCAAUUGCUCUGAUGUUUCCCAAUCUCCCUGUGUACAACCUCCUCCUUCCUUGCCCAAUAAAGAAGAUGCUUAUUGUCGCAAUGCAACUCUCAACAAGCAGCAUUGUUGGACAAAACCGGCCAUCGAUCAUCUUGUCAUCAUUGUUCUAGAUGCACUCAGGUUUGAUUUCGUGGCACCCAUUCCUUCUUUUGAAGACAUAAAACCGUGGAUGGGUAAAUUGCAAGUGCUGCAUAAAUUAGCAUCUCGAGAAGGGUCAUCAGCUAGGAUUUUCAAAGCUAUUGCAGAUCCACCUACGACCAGCUUACAACGCUUGAAGGGCUUGACAACAGGCGGACUCCCAACUUUUAUUGAUGUGGGUAAUAGCUUUGGCGCCCCUGCGAUCCUUGAAGAUAACCUGAUAUCUCAGCUUGUUCGGAAUGGAAAACAAGUGGUGAUGAUGGGGGAUGAUACGUGGUUGCAAUUGUUUCCUCAUCAUUUUAAUGUAUCUUUCCCCUUUCCCUCCUUCAAUGUGAAAGAUCUUCAUACGGUUGACGAUGGGUGCACUAGGCACUUGUUCCCGUCCUUGUAUGAUGAAGAUUGGGAUGUUCUCAUAGCACAUUUUCUUGGUGUGGAUCAUGCUGGUCAUAUAUUUGGUGUUAAUUCCAUUCCAAUGAUUGAAAAAUUGGAGCAAUACAAUGUCCUUUUAGAGGCAAUUGUUGAAGUGCUGGAGGGCCAGUCAGGUCCUGGAGGCUUACAUGAAAAUACUUUACUUCUUGUUAUGGGUGACCAUGGCCAAACCAUAAAUGGCGAUCAUGGGGGAGGAAGUGCUGAAGAGGUUGAAACAGUAAUCUUUGCGAUGGGUUUUAAGGAUCCUCCAUCUUCAUUGACGUUGGAGCGUGAUACAUCGUCCUGUCAAUUAGAUGUGGAUGGAAGGAUGUUUUGCAUAAACUCAAUGCAACAGAUUGACUUUGCAGUGACAGUAGCAGCAUUGCUUGGAGUUCCCUUUCCUUUCGGAAGCAUUGGGUCUGUGAAUCCUGAACUAUAUGCUUUAGCUGCUGGAACAUGGAAUUUGAAACGCUCUAGCAAUGAUGUUUUCCAAAAUCAUUCAAUUACAGAAGAAUGGAUGCAAAAUUAUGUCAAUGUGCUAUGCAUGAACUCAUGGCAGGUAAAAAGAUACAUUGAUGUCUAUUCAGCUUCGUCUGUUACCGGAUUUUCAAAUGAAGACUUAUUGCAUCUAUCGCCACUGUAUGCUCAAGCAAUGGAUAAUUGGUCAAAAACUGUGACAAACUUAGUGUCAGAAAAAAGUGACAGCUGUCAUGUAACUUUGCCUGAUCUCAAGAGGCAAAUCGAUGCAUACUUAAGUUUCCUUGCGAGUGUUGCAGAGCUAGCACGUUCGAAAUGGACCCAGUUCAAUUUGAAGAUUAUGAGCAUUGGCUUCGGGGUAAUGUUGAUUUCACUUCUUGUCCAUGUGCUUUGCAUCAGAUGGCUUAACAAACUAUGCAGAGUUUACAUUCGUUCCCAUGCCAAAUCGGGGAUUUCCUACGGAAUGAUGUUUUCCUGUCUGAUAGUGGCAAUACGUGCAUGCAGCUUCCUUUCAAAUAGUUACAUUUUCACAAGUGCGAUGCUCAAAUUACGCUAUUCAAUAACGAAAGCCAAGAUGCAACUGGAAGCUUUUGUGUUUGUUCUCCUGGUCUCUGUCCUCAGAUUUUGUAUUGAACUUGGGCCAUCAAAGCAGGCUGUCAGUUCAGGAUUAGCAGAUUUGUGUCCUUCAUGGAUGCUUGCUGUUUCUGAGAGCUAUCCUUUCUGGAGGCAUAUAGCUGAACUCCUGCCGGUGCUAGCUCUGAUCAUAUUGGCCUACAUGCUGCAUGAGAGCAUUUCUCGCAGCUCAUGCAGGAGAUUUUUGAAAAAUGUUAUAAGAGGAACGAUCUUUAGCUACCUUCUCAUUGCAGCAUAUUGGACCUCGGAAAGUAAAUUACUCAAUCUGCCUCCUAUGCGCAUAGACAUGCAGAGACAUUACAUUCCUAAAGUAAUCUAUAUGAUUGGUUUUGGACAACUAUCAUCCCUGGCACUUCUUCAAUUUCUCAGUGAAGAAAAAACGUCUAGUUGGAAAGAGACUGUGGCCAUUAAAAUAGUAGCCGUGUUAUCUGCGUGGAGUUCAACAAUUAUCAUUCUAUCUGGAAGACAAGGACCCAUGGUAGCUUUAGCAUCCAUGGCUGGAGGUUGGUGCAUAAUGAGAUUGGAAUGUUUGGAACAGGACUCCGAAAAUGGCCAUCUCCAAACUUUGUCCUUGUCUUCUUUCCCUGUUUCACAAUGGAGCCUUCUAGCUGUGUGCCUUUUUUUCUGCAGUGGUCACUGGUGUGCUUUUGAUGGCCUCCAUUAUGCUGCUGCAUUUAUUGGGUUUGAAGAAUUCAUCCUUGUUCCCCAAGCUAUUCUUCUUAGUAUUGAUACAUUUGGUUUUUCUCACAUUCUACCAAUAUUUGGACUUCCAUUUCUUGCUAUACAACAAGUUCCAUCUGGUCAGGGUGAGCAGCAAAAAAGAUUCUUUCUCAUGCAAUUAUGCCAGGUGUAUCUGAUGUAUGGACUCAUUACAGCCACCACAGCCACAUUCACGAUGUUAUGUGUUGCAAUUCAAAGACGUCACCUCAUGGUGUGGGGAUUAUUUGCUCCUAAAUUUGUUUUUGAUGCGGUGGGCCUCAUGUUAACAGAUUUCCUAAUCUUUGUGGCAUUGCUCUACUAUUGUGUUUGGGUGGAUGAUGAUGGGCCGCGACAUCAGAUUACUGACAAAUGAGUUUUUAUCCUGCUCAAUUUUGCAGAUUUAGCUUUGAUGAUAUUAAUUUGACCAUGUGGUCAUUCUUUUAGGGUCCAGUUCAUUAGAGUGAAAAUCAUAGAAAACAAGAGAAAAAGAAA